AUGCAGUUGCAACGGGAGACACUGGGCUUGUACAAGCAAUUGGUCAAGACACUCGUGCACAAUGAACGCAAGACGAGAUUGGCACGAGCCAUCAAGGAGAAUAAGAAACAGAUUGGAUUGCUUACUUAUAGGAAAUCACAAAUUGUCAGGAGACAACAGGCGUUGAAUGAAGGCAUUACGGAUCCCGGGCUUAUUCAGGAGAUGAACAAUUUGAAUAGGCAAGUGGAUCAUUUGAAAUCCAUAGAUCCAGCGAAGGAUAAGAAAUUAUUAUUCUUGGUGGACUCCACACCAUUGAGGAUAAUGUGGGAAGAUAAUUUAUUGAAGUCCCCUAAGAACGCAAAGGAACUAGCAAGGAGAUUGGAACAUAUUAAGGAUAUCAUUGAUUUCACGAAGAAUCAAAGUCAGUAUCAAAAUCUGAUGGCAUUGUAUAAUCUCGGGACCGGAAUUACGCAAGAGGAAAAAGUGAAAAGGACGGCCAAUAAGGUUGGCUUAGACGUGCCGUUUUAA